UCAUUUCCGAAUACAUCAGUCCGUGAGACUAGUCUGGAAGUUAAAGUUUGUUUAAGUAAAAUAAUCAAAAAUGUUUCGAGCAUUAGCAAUACUAAUAUUAGUAGCAUAUGUCAAUUGUAUGCUUUAUCAAGAAUAUCCAAACACGUAUAUAAUAAAAGAUGGUUCUAAUGAUGUGAAUUCGAUAUUCAAAGUACCCAAAACCGAAGACGAUGAAGGUUUAGCCAAUACGUACUUCGAAAAAAUAUUCGAGGAAUUUUUACCAAGAGUGCGUCGUCAAGUGCAAGGAUCUAUGAACACAGAUGCUGAUGGUACUUCAAACUUUGCGGCUAAGGUACCUAUAACUGGUAAUGAUAAAAAUAUUCUAAGUGCUGUUGGAUCAAUCGCUGGAGCUUCAGGGAAUGGAGGCUACAAAGCUGCUGGUGGUGGACUGGCUUGGGACAAUGUCAAUGGUCACGGUGCAAGUUUGACUGGUCAGCACAUCCCUGGCUUCGGGAACCAGCUGACCGCAGCUGGUAAAGCUAACCUAUUCCAUACCGACAAACAUGACGUCACUGCAAGUGCCUUCGCUACAAGAAACUUCCCUAGCAAUCCCAUCAUGCCCAACUUCAAUCAGUAUGGAGGGAAAGUUGGAUAUACAUACGACAAUAAAAUAGGAGCAUCGCUAGGAGCGGCGCACACAGAUCUCUUCAAGAAAACAGAUUAUUCAGCAAUGGGCAAUCUCAAUUUGUUUAGAGACAAAACUUCAUCUUUGGAUUUGAAUGCGGGUUGGAGUAAAUCCGUGUCACCGUACAUGCCAAGUAGCAGAUGGGAGCCGAGUGGAGGUCUUACAUUCACCAAGUGGUUUAAAAAAUAAGUUGCAACUCAGUUUGUUGAGAAGAAACAUUUUUGAUAGAAUAUCAAAAUGCUAUCGAGAAUGUAAUAGAAAUAAAAAGCUAAAAAGGCUUGUCCCACUGAAUUCUUAAUUGUCUGAUAACAAUCUAAAGUUAAAAAAAAUAUUAUGGUAUUAUCGAAUUCUGUUCCCUUAUCUGACAGUGACGUCAUUUUUUAGCUAUCUGAGCGUCUAUCAGCCAGUGGUGGUCCAGGCCCUAAAACUAUAAACAUUAUAGUUAUGUUUUUGAUAUGCUUGCAUUUACAUUGUAUUUUUUUUGUAACUAUUACUGUAUCAUUGUAAGUAGAUAUUAAAAAUAAAUAAAUUCCGCCUAAAA